AUGACAACACGAGCAAAAUCAGGAAUUUUCAAACCAAAGUAUACCACUGAUAUUGCUUCUCUCAAUUCUUAUGCUUUGCAUGUUGCCUUAUCAUCUAAUAGUGAACCCCGUGGUUUUAAAUCUACGGCUAAAGACCCAAAAUGGAUAGCAGCAAUGGUUGACGAAAUCAACGCCUUACAACAUAAUAACACAUGGAUGUUAGUUCCACGCCCAUCUUCAACGAAUAUCGUUGGAUCUAAAUGGGUGUUUCGCACUAAAUAUCACUCUUAUGAGACCGUUGAACGGUAUAAGGCACGACUGGUGGCUCAAGGUUUCACUCAACUCCCAGGGAUAGACUACUCGUAUACUUUUAGUCCUGUCGUUAAAGCUUCCACUAUCCGCAUUGUGCUCUCACUAGCAGUACUUAAUAACUGGAAGUUGCAUCAACUUGAUGUUAAGAAUGCUUUCCUAAAUCGAAUCUGA